GGGGGGCCUGCCACUUUUCCGGCAGCUCAGGACGAGGAAUUCCACGCCUUCGUCGAGGAUCUUCAAUCAGUGAUUUUUGAACGGAAUGACAGUAUUGUGUAUCACGACACCAUCUACCCAUGGCGCUGCAUUGGCAGGUCAAACCGCAGUGAGUCGACGCACUGGGUGCAUGAUUGGGCCACGGCAUGUCUUCAAGGCUAGCCAGUGCGUUGCUUGGGCCUCUGACGGCAGUGCUGGAUGGAAGCCCUUCUCCCCAGUAUACUACAACUGCACAGAGCCAUGGAGUGCUGUUUACGCGACCAAAAUAUACUCCUUAACGCAAAAUAACUGACCUCUGAUUAAUGUACAAACAACCUUCAACUAUGCUGUCUUUGUGCUGGACCAGCGUAUUGUUGACACAAUCAGCUAUUUUGGCAGCCGUACCUUCGACCAAAAUUGGGUCUAGGCCGUCAGUGACUGGAUGUUCGUGGGGGCACGGAGCGGCCUGCCUACAAGGACAAAGUCAAGAUCACCAGCCAGAAAGACUAUGGUUACAACGGGCGACGCAGGAAAUGGCCUGGGUCAUUUCAACGAUGUCACGGCUGGAAUGGCUGGAGGGCCUGUGUUCGGGAUGUAGUCCGGAGAUUUUGGGCCCAGAGUUGGUGUGUCCAGCACACGAGAAAGGACCCCAACCGCGGCUCCGGAUGGUAGAACU